UUCGAUGCGCCCCCUAGCGGAUAGAGAAUAAAAUGUUUCUCUUUUAAUUCUCUUCUAAAGUCAUAAAGAGAGAAUAAAUUUUUUAUUAUUAAUUGGUGUUUUGUUUUUCUUUUUUUGCUUGGUGGUUGUAAAUUGUUUUCUUUUUUUCUCUCUCUCUCUCUCCCUCUAUCUCUAUCUCUAUCUCUAUCUCUCUCUCUUUUUCUCGCUUUCUCUCUGUUGUUAUCUAACUAAUUAAACACUGAUUGUGAUUACAAUGUUUAUAAUAAAUGUUUAUAAUAAUCCUCCUCUGGAGGAAUGGGUAAAAUCCCGUAACCAGUCAAAGUUGAAAACUCUGUGUCGAAAAUUCCAGAUCCCCUGUAAUUCACCAAUUCGUACCAAUUUAUGGCCAUCUUUAUGUCGAUCAUAUAAGAAAACAACCUCUGAGCCUCAAUUUGAAGAUCUCCUUAAAGCUAAUUUACUUUCACCUUCCUCAUCUGCAACAGUAUUUGUUAAUGAUGGUGGUGGCGGGCAAUCUGAUAGAGGAGGAGGAGGAGGAGGAGGAGGAGGUGUUGGUGUUGAUGGUAGUAGUGGUAUUACUGGUGGCGGUGGAAGUGCAACUAAUAAAGGAUCAAUUACUGGUAGAAAUAAUAGUAAAAAUAAUAAUCGUAGUAGUGGUGGUGGUGGUGGUGGUGCAAGUGUUGUUGAAAUGCAGGUAUUACAAUUGUCUACAUCAUAUUCUAAUGGGAUGAUUACCGAUCGUUUACCUGGUGAUUUACCUCGUAAAUUACCUUCUUUUGUUGAUCCAAAUUAUUGUCGUUAUUUUAAGUUAAACCCUGAUGGACAAAGAUUAAUUGAACGUAUUCUAUGGAUUUUAGCUCUCAAACACAAUGAGAUUACCCUUUGCCCAUUAUUAUAUCCAAUUGCGGCUCUUUUUCUUCAUUAUUAUGACAUUACUCAAACAUUAACCUCAUUAACCUAUUUAUUGGAAGCACCUUCAUCAGGUAUUGGUGGUAAAGAAGGACCUUAUCUAUUGCCCCAAUCGAGAACCCAAAUUGUCCGUCAAGCUUAUGUUCUACUACGAUUAACAAAUAAAUUUGGUUUCCUUCCAAGGCGAGGUUUUUUCACUGAACAACGGGAUCGUUUGAUUAAAGAAAAUGAAAUGGACGCUUGUUUCCUUGAUUGGUUAAAAUGGAUUUUCAUUGGUCUACCCUUUGAACAUGUUGUCAGAAUAAUGGAUUGUUUCCUGGUAGAAGGAACAAAAUUUCUUUAUCGUAUUGGUUUAACAUUAUUAAUAUUGUAUAAAAAUUCCAGACCAGUAUCACCACCUUCUCGUCUUGGUAUGAUUACUAAUAACACUUCAACCAACAUAAAUAACCUAAACAACAUUAACUCUACCAACAAUAUUAACAAUGGUUCCUCUGCCACUUCUGCUGCUGCCACCAACAACUUUAAUACAUCAAAUACAUCAACAUCUACAUCAAACACCACCUACAAUAACACUUCAACAACAACAACAAAUUCCUCCUCCUCUUCAUCAUCUUCAACAUCCUCUUCGUCACCAUUCACCUUGGACCUGAUGUUGUCCUUUUGUGAGACAAUCAAAUUAACACCCGAUGAGCUAAUAACCGUGGCAACCCAAUUACGACGUUUAUCUCGUUCAAAAAUUGACCGAACCUACAAGGAAGCCUCCCACCGAACGGAAAAAUUUAAAAUACGCUCAGCUCCACCAUCACCUUAUCAUCAUUCACAUCAUCUGGGUUAUAAUGAUCUUACUCCAACCUCAUCAAGGAAACUUGAAAUGAUCAGCCUUGAUUCGGUUAAAAUAUCUGAUUGUACUCGGAUAGCACCACGAUCUCUUAAAUCAUCAAUAUGUGAUUGGCAAUUAUUAGAUAUACUCUGGGAUUGGAUACCUGAAAGAACACUCAUCAAAGAACCGGUCAUCAUCUUCUGUUCAGAUGUCCAUGGAAAUUCAUUGUCUACAUUUUAUGCUAAAAAUGAAACUGUUGAACAAUCAAUUUUACUCAUAAAAACAGUCAACAAUGAGAUCUUCGGUGCUUUUUGCUCAACCUCAUGGUCUGAUCGAUUAGGAUUUGAUCGUAAGGGCGCAGCGAAACAAUAUUUCGGUACCGGGGAAACAUUCCUAUUCACAUUAAAACCAAAGGUUGCUUAUUAUCCCUGGGUUGGUACCAAAGAGUAUGGUUCAGACCAAACGAGAAACAUUCCUUGUUCAUGUCAACUCUUUAUGGCCGCUAAUGCCAAAAUGAUUACCAUUGGUGCUGGUAACGGAGUUGGCCUUUGGUUAGAUGAAAAUCUUACCAAAGGUAAAACGGAACGUUGUGAUACUUUUAAUAACAAACCAUUAUGUACCAGUGGAGACUUUGCAUGUUCCAUUGUUGAGGUUAUUGGCUUUAUUUCAUCAUGGUGAUAUUAUUAUAUUAAUUAUUAUCUUCGUUAUAACCACAUAUACAUACACACACAUAUUUAUCAUAUAUCAUAUAUUACUCUGAUUAUUAUCCAUCCACACACACACAUAUAUAUAUACCUUUAAACACUCCUCAUCUUACAUCUCUCUCCCUCUCCCUCUCUCUCUCUACCAUCUCCUGCCCACUCCCACCAUCACGAUGCAAUAUCUUUAUACAUACAGUCUUUAUCCUUCAUCUUUUCCCUUUUAUCCUCUUUCUCUCUCUCUCUCUCUCUGUAAGUUAUAAUGUCUUUAUUUUCUUGUGUUGUUGUUGGUUUGUAGGUUAAGUUUCAAGUGAUUUACACACAUCGAUGUUUUUGUUAAUUGUUUAGUCGAAAAAAUUGUUUUUUUCUCAUCUUCUUAUUUUUUGCUGAAAUUUAAUCUACUUAAUUGUUUAGUUUAUGGCGCUGAUACUAUAACUUAACCAGCAACAUCCCACCUUAAUCACCACCACCACCACCAUUACCCAUCACCCACCAAAAUCAUCAUCACUUGAUCACCUUACAAAAAAAAACAAAGAUGAGGAUAAACUGUGUGUGUGUAUAUAUAUAUUUAUAUUUACUCUAGCAAUCAACAAAUUAUCAGAAUUAUUUUAUUUUGCCCAUUUAAAAAAGCAAUAUUCAACAAUUAGCCCAAACCCCUUUGGUUUACAAUGGUUUACAAUUAAUUGUAGCUUUUUCCAACCUUUCUCUCCACCUUUCUGACAUUACAAUUACAAUUAUAAUUUCAUUUCAUUUCAUUAAUCAAAUUUUUCUUGUGUUAUUGUCUAGUCUAUAUUUAAGCAAUUAAAACACCAGAUAUAUCAACAAUUAAUAUAUAUAUAUAUACAUACAUACAUAAUAUUAAAUAACAAUGACAAUUAAUUUAAUUUAGUAGCGUGUUUUAAAUUAGCAAACAAUUUUAAAUUGUCACUUAAUCAGUUGUAAUCUAUUUUAUCUGAUCAGUAUUAAUAUUCAAAAACAAACAAAAAAAACAACAACAACAAAAUAAUUUGAUUUGAUUUGUCAAUUUUACUCCGUGUGAUAUAAAUAUAAUAUAUUUUAAUUGUUGUCACAAUUUUAAUCACCAUCAUCAUCAAGAAUCUUAAUCAUUUUAAUCAUCGAAAAAAAAAGUUAAUUGUUAACUAUUGAUUGAAGCUUUUUGCUUUUUCUUUGUCUCUUUGGAUAACAUUUUAAUUGGAAAACAGUAUGUUAAUUGUUAACAAUUAAACGUUACAAUCAACUUGUUGGUUUUGUCUUUUAUGUGUUUAAUUAAAAAAAGUUGUUAUUAAUAAUAAUGAUUAAUUAAUUGCAAAAUUUAACAACAACAACAACACCAACUAAUCAACUGAAAUACUUUGAAUAAUUAAUUGUAAUUUAAACUUUUUCCCAAUUGUAUCUAAUUGUCAAAUCACCUUAUGUAUUUACCUUUAAUCCUAUUAAUUUAAAUUGUUCAUUCAAAUUUACUCAGGGUAAGUAGUUAAUUAAGUUAAUCAAGAAGAAGAAGAGAAAAUAAUUAAGCCUUGUUAUAUUGUAAUGAACAAAGAAACCAGAAGAAAUUAAAUUAAUUAUUGAACAAAUUAUUGGACAGCAAUUAAAAUGAAAAAAAAAGUUAA